ACUGAGAGUUCGGCAGUUCAAGGCAUGGUCACUGAAUUAGAACACACCUUUGCUUUGCCAAAUCUUUGUCAAUUAAUCAAAAUGUUUUGGUGAUAACGAGCAUGCAUGGAGAUAAUCAACUAAAUAAAUACACGAGGUACUUUGUCGUGAAGCACAAACUAAACAUGAAGCUCCUGGUGGUACUCUUCGCUACGGUGGCAUUAUGUGCUGGUACUGCGCUUCCAGUAGUACCAGGGGAUAACAGUCACUAUGUUGAGGGUGUAAGCCGCUACAUCUGGAUGGAUAAUGGAGAAGGUACUCCUGAACUCGUUGAUCUAGAAGAACCAGUGGACGAGCUGGCGCUUGCUGAAGCUAGAAACGGUGCUAACAACCAGUACUGGCUCUUUACCAGAUGGAACCGCGUAUCACCCCAAAUUAUACUGAACGGUAAUGUGAAUUCCUUGCGUAACUCCAACUACAAUGGAGCUAGAGCACUCAAAGUGAUAGUCCACGGAUGGAGAAAUAACGGAAAUUCUCCAGUGAACACUUUGAUCAGAAACGCAUUCUUGGAUCAAGGGGAUCACAAUGUAAUUGUCGUCGACUGGCGCGCUCUUGCCGACCAAUCUUACAAUAAUGCAGUUCGUGGGGUCGUUGAUGUUGGACGUCAUGUUGCAAACUUCGUACAAUGGCUCAUCAAUACUGGUGGUGGCAACUGGAACCGUGUUCACCUGGUUGGCCACAGUUUGGGCGCUCACAUUGUCGGUAAUGCUGGCCGUUUAGCUCCUGGUACUCCAGUCCGUGUCACAGGUCUGGAUCCCGCUGGUCCUCAAUGGGGAAACAAUAGGGAUGCUCUAAACCGCAACUCCGGAACUUACGUCGAGGCCAUUCACACAGACGGCCGCGCAACCGGUAUCAUGGAUCCCAGUGGCCACGCUGACUUCUACCCUAACGGUGGUAGGGCGCCUCAGCCUGGAUGUGGAAUCAGUAACUCUUGUGCGCACGGUCGCGCCUUUGAGUUCUAUGCUUCAACUAUAACAAGAAACCACUUGAUUGGUAGACAAUGUAGAAACUUACAUGAAGCUGAACUGAGCAGCUGUACCGGGGUACAGCUUCGCAUGGGUAACGCCGAUUUAGGCAAACGAGGCAAUGGACUGUUUGGCCUGAGAACUGGAAACGCCUGGCCUUUCUAAAGGACAAAUAACUACUUCAUUGUCUACGCUACAAGGACUAGGACGAAAUGAUUAUGUUAAUUAAGAGAUCCUGAUCUAUAAUAGUAACUGUUACUCAUAUUUUAGAUUUAACGACAAAGACAUGCCAAAACCAAUGCCACAAUAUAGUACGCGACAGGUUGAGAUUGUUUGCGCGGGGUAAUGCGGGUGUGCUAAGCGUCUCCCUACGUCAUACUCCGAUUGCCAUCUCAACCUGUCGCGCGUCACAUAGGUAACACCUCCGUAUCUGGAAUAUUCCAGCAAUUUAUAUGUAGAUGACGCCUUAAAUUCCAAUGAUAGCGGUGAAAUAAACUUGCUGGG